AGGGCUAAAGCACUCGAUAACUCCAUAACAAUUAACAACUCUCACCAAAUAUGGAGAAUCUAAAGCCAAACCCAGCAAACUCUUCCCCUCUAACUCCACUCGGCUACCUAGAAAGGGCAGCCCUCGUCUACGGCGACUGCCCUUCGGUAUUGUACAACCGAACCACUUAUACGUGGUCGGAGACCAACUCACGUUGUCUCCGUGUGGCUUCAUCCAUCGUAACAUGGCUGAGAGUGAAACCUGGUCAAGUUGUAUCAGUCAUCUCUCCCAACGUUCCAGCCAUGUACGAGCUGCAAUUCGCAGUUCCCAUGGCUGGCGCUGUUCUCAGCAACAUCAACACCCGCCUCGAUGCUCGCAUCGUCUCGGUCAUGCUCCUCCAUUCGGAAUCCAAGCUCGUGUUCGUUGACGAACUCUCUGUUGAUCUAAUCCUUGAUGCCAUCUCUAGAUUCCCACUAAACACUCAAAUCCCUCGACUCGUCCUAAUCCGUGAUCAUGGAGUGGUGUCUAGUACUUCUUCUUCAUCUUCAAACCACUUUGAUAAGUUUUUUUGCGAGUAUGAGGAGCUAGUCGGGAGAGGAGAUCCUGAAUUUCAGUGGUUAAAGCCCACGAGCGAGUGGGAUCCCAUGGUUCUAAACUACACAUCUGGAACCACCUCGGCUCCGAAGGGAGUUGUACAGAGCCACAGAACUAUUUUCACCGUCACACUUGACUCACUUCUCGACUGGAGUGUCCCCAAACAGGCGGUGUUCUUAUGGACACUGCCUAUGUUUCAUGCAAAUGGUUGGUGUUACACAUGGGGGACAGCAGCCGUCGGUGCAACCAACGUAUGUCUCCGAAAAUUCGACGGCCCUAUAAUCUUCGACCUCAUCCGACGGCACGGGGUAACUCACAUGUGUGGAGCACCGGUGGUUCUCAACAUGUUGUCAAACACUCCAAACGUUGCUACACUCGAAAAGCCUGUUCAAAUCCUUACCGCGGGAGCUCCACCUCCCGCGGCGGUUCUACACCGAACUGAGUCGCUCGGUUUUAAAGUUAGUCAUGGCUACGGGUUGACAGAAGUGUGCGGACUCGUUGUGUCUUGCGCUUGGAAGAAGAAGUGGAAUCUUCUCCCAGCUACUGAGCGCGCCCGGCUUAAGGCGCGCCAAGGAGUGAAUUCAGCAGCAAUGACUGAAGUUGAUGUUGUUGAUCCGAAUUCGGGGUUGAGUGUGAAGAGAGAUGGUUUCACAAUGGGGGAAGUGGUGUUAAGAGGUAAUUGCGUCAUGUUGGGCUACCUUAAAGAUGAACUGGCUACUGCUAAAGCUAUAAAGGAAGAUGGAUGGUUUUACACGGGCGAUGUGGGAGUUAUGCACCCUGAUGGGUAUUUGGAGAUAAAGGACAGGUCGAAGGAUGUGAUCAUAAGUGGGGGAGAGAACGUGAGCAGCGUGGAGGUAGAGUCGAUUUUGUACGACCACCCGGCUGUGGACGAGGCCGCGGUGGUAGCUUGGCCCCAUGAUUUCUGGGGCGAAACGCCGUGUGCUUUUAUAACGGUUAAGAAAGGGACAAGGGUGAUGCCAAAUAAGAUGGAGAUUGUGGAGUAUUGUAGAGAGAAGUUGCCUCAUUAUAUGGUUCCUAAAGUUGUUGUGUUCAGAGAUGAACUUCCCAAGACCUCAACUGGGAAAAUUCAGAAAUUUAUUCUCAAAGAUAUUGCGAGAACCAUGAGAUCUCCGACUGAGCCAGUGGCUAUGCUUAGAUUUGAGAUACCCAAAACCAUGAGAUCUCCCAUUGGGCCAGUUGCAUGGAUUAGGAUCUAAAUGAACUAAAUUAAUGUGCAUCUAUAAUUGGUUGCCUACGUCUUCUUAAUCAUUCCUCAUGUACAAUUUCCAAAACCAAUUAAAAUAUGGAUCUUCUUAAUUUGAUGUUCCACUUUCAAUAAUAUUAAAUGAAACUAAACCAAAUAAUGGAAUGAGUACGUUUCAUUAAAGAACUCACUAUUCAAUAAUAUAUUGAGCAAUGCCUUGAGGUUUCCAAUAUAAA